ACGAUCUUAAUCCAAGAUCAGUGUCCCGUGAAAAGUCCAAGAGUUGGCGCGUGCAACAGUGCGGCUGUGAAUACAUAGUAUUUUUUUUUCUUCGUAAUUCUUUUUGCUCGUCGUUUAUUUCAAGAUUUAAAAGUGUUUAUUCAUGUUAUCGUAACAUGGUGCUCUUGUUUUGGAUAUUUUGCAUUUUCAUCACAGGUAAUCGUGGUGCGGUGAACAAUGGCUUCAAAAGUUAUCCAACGACUGUGAAAACAUUCGAGAAUGAUACGGUUUUACUUCCAUGUUACGUCGAAGAUGUUGUAUAUCCAGAUAAAGUGCAAACUAUGGUGAGGUGGUGGAGGGACGGGAUCCUUUUGGCAGACAGCGGCGAGCCGCGACAUGUACCACCGGAAAGAGUUCGAAUGUACUCGAACCGUAGCUUGGAGGUUUCCCAUGUGAAACGAAACGAUACCGGGGAAUACGUGUGUCAAGCGUCUCGACCAGCUCCCUGGGGAUACGCUACGCAAGUACACGAGAUCGAAGUGAUGUAUCCGGCCAGCGUUCAACCAGUGCCAGAAUCCGGAAAGUUGGAAGUAAAUUUAGGAGAGGAAGUGGACAUGGCGUGUGUGGCGAAAGGUGUUCCGGUCCCUAUCGUAUCCUGGAGAAACAAGGACGGGGAAAUACCAUUCUUAUACGACAGAUCGCGUUUGCAAUUUCACGCUGAAAGUCCCAGCGUCGCUGGUCGUUACACUUGCAUCGCUAACAACGACGUCGGUGAACCAGCUACGGCGACCAUAGACUUGUACAUUAGAUAUAAGCCGACAAUCGAGAUGACGAAAAACUGGAUGCACGCACCGCCUGGGAUUCGAGUGCAGUUGCAUUGCGGAGUGACCGCUUGGCCAGAGGCAACGGUGGAGUGGUACUUCAAUAACAGAAGCGUCAAGUAUUCGUCCGGAGUAGUGAAGCACAAUGCCGGGAGCGAUCACAGUUUAGUGAUAAGAAACGUCAGGACGACAGAUUACGGUUUCUAUCUGUGCAGGGCUUCUAAUUCGUUGGGAAUCACCGAGGCGGCAGUUGAAUUAUCGGGUGUUGCGAAUCCCGCCGUCUUCAAAAAGACCUCGCACAGUCUCUCGAAAACCUCGUAUAAUUUCGUUUGGGAGGUCGACAGUUACAGUCCGAUCGUCCAAUACGAGUUCAAAUUUCGUAAAUACAGGAACGGUGUCCCUGGAGAAUGGCACACGUUGUAUAUACCGAGCGGCAACGAUGCCAAUAGCUUUAUUCAUACGUACUCCUUUAAUUUGACGGGGUUGGAAGAAGCGACUCACUACGAAGCUCUCGUUUUGUCGAAAAACCGUUACGGCUGGAGCAAAUCCUCCGAGAUAAUACGAUUCGCGACGGAAGGCGCUCCCGACAGGGAAAACUACAUCACGAACGCGAUACAAGAAGACAAAAUCGUGCCAGUGGUCCUCUCAUCGUUGGCAAAAGACUAUUCCUUUGGUCCUGGAAUAAGCGGAUCGACUAUCAAUCGAGCAAGGAUAAUGAUAAUGAUACCUGUAUUAUAUACUUUUAGCGUGUACCUUUGAAGUUUGAAGGCACUUGUAUUGUAUAAAAUACUGUCGUCGCCUCGUGCAUCAAAUUAAGCUAUUUCAUGGAAUAAUUGUUAGAUGAUAGAUGAUAGAUGAUAGAAAACAAGAAUAAGAGAAGAACAUUGGAAGAAAUAUAA